UCUCCAAAGGAGAAUCUGGAGAAUUUUUCUGCGCUAUCCAUAGGAGAAGUGAAUAAGAUUGUUCGAGAAUCCUCCAAUGCCUCUUGUCGGUUGGAUCCUGUUCCUACAUGGCUAGUGAAGUCCUGUCUUGAUGUACUAGCGCCCCCUAUCACUGAGAUGGUUAAUCUCUCUCUUCUCAGAGGUUACGUUCCAGAAAAUUGGAGAACCGCUGUUGUCAUCCCUCUAUUGAAAAAACCUGGACUUGAUUUGGUCUACAAAAAUUUCCGUCCAGUCAGUAAUCUUCCAUUCAUUUCCAAGGUAGUGGAAAAGGCUACACUUCAACAACUUUUCGUCCACUGUGAGAAAAAUGCCCCUCUUCCUAAAUUCCAGUCCGGCUUCCGUAAGUAUCACUCAACAGAGACUACCCUAUUAAAGGUUCAAAACGACAUCUUAAUGAGUAUGGAUAAUAAGGAAGAGACACUUCUCGCUAAGUGCUGCUUUUGAUACCAUUGAACAUUCCAUUCUUUUGAAUGUUUUGCAACAGGAUUUAGGAGUCGUCGGAACUGCUUUAAAUUGGUUCCACUCAUUUCUGUCUGGUCGCAAACAACGGAAACUUAUCGGUGAUAAGACUUCUGACGACUUCAGUCUGAACUGAGUCCCCCAGGGCAGUUAUAUGGGGCCUAUUUUAUUUACUCUCUACGUCUCCAGCCUCUUUAACAUUAUUUCUCAGCACCUCCCUUCCGUCCAUGGUUAUGGUGAUGACACUCAGAUUUACCUUUCCUUCCGACCUUUUUCUAUCCAUUCGGAAAUUAACGAUGUCUCUGUGAUUGAAGAGUGCAUCGCUGAUGUUCGCUCUUAGUUUAUUGGAAAGCGUCUAAUGAUCAAUGACGCGAAACUGACUUUCUAA